AUGACUAAAGCUCGAACCAAGAAUCUCGACCUCAUCAAACCUAAACAAACUUUGAACCGAGUCCAGAAGCAGAAGAGGGAAAGGCCAGCGAGAGCUCAUGGUACCAGAAGCUAUGCUGUGCUCAUGAAAAGUCGGGAGAAAGAAGGAGUUCCGUUAGACAGUGAUGAUCAACCGCCAUUCGAACGCUUGCCUGUCGCCCUUCUUCUCAAUUCCUCCGCCACUUUCAAAUGUCUCGUAGAAGCUGAGCGCCAGAGACUCUUCGAUGACAGGGGGGAUAAAGUCUGUUACAAUUCAAAAAUCACCCAGCUUAAGAAGACACAUAUCACCGAAUACACCGUAUAUAAUGAUGACCUUAUUGAAGGAAUUUGGGCGAAGAAGCAAAUGGGUUAUGCCGAAUUGGCAGCAUUGGGGAAGGAAGUAAUCUGGGAUCUUGUCGUGAUGUGGAGCAACAUCGUGAUGGGAGGGUCGUGUUUUGGUCAAGGAAAAGAGGAUGAAAGUUUGACUGAUGAGGACUUGGUUAAUUUUGCUAUUCUGGGCAAGUUUCUGGAAGUUGAAGAGGAGUUCUUCGAAAGGUUGAGGAAGGCUGAACACGAGAAAUUCCAAUGA